AUUUCACUUGCUGGAUGUUGGCCUGAGCCCCACGUUUCGAGGACUCGAGGUUCGCUUCUCCUCGAGUCGUUUCGAUUCGCCUCGCGCCGUCUCGCGCCGCUUCGAAUCGUCGGGGAGGUCCUCAGAAUGGCGUCCAGCGAAGGCUCUGCCGGUACUGGCGGAGGUGGACGCGGCGGUCAAGAUCGCCGCGGCGCGCGGCGGCUCCCUACAUUUCCAGCGCAUCACCACCUCUCGGUCCUCCUCGCGUCGCUCCUCCUCGUUUUCCCGUCCAGCCUCCAUCCCUCUUCAGAAGGCGGCGCAUUUGGCGGCGCGUUUGGCGGCGCGAUUCUCGGCGCUGCGUCCUCCCUGCCCGAGCUCUCGUCGUACUCCAACAUGGCGCUGCUCGAUCCGAGCUUCGAGCUCUUCUGGAGCGUCAACGCGAGCGACGCGACCAUCCACGUGGCGGCCAAAGCACAGACUGCGGGAUGGCUCGGAAUAGGCAUCUCCGAAUCCGGCGGAAUGGUCGGCUCUGACGUGCUAGUGGCGUGGGUGGCGGAGAGCCAAGGGCGCGCGUAUGCGACGGACCGCUUCGUGUUCAACAAGACGGGCGAAGGCGUCGCGUUGGACGCGCAGCAGGACUGGCACGUGGUGGGCGGCAGCCAGACCGCCGACCAAUCCACGGGCGCCACGUGGACCACCGUGCACGUGUGGCGCCAGCUGGACACCGGCGACUGCAACGACCGCCCCAUCGUCGCCGGGGCGCCGUCCUACGUCGUCUGGGCCAUGGGCACAACCGACGAGCUCGCCUAUCACAGCGCGACACGUGGCGCCACCUCACUCCUGCUCGUGCCUGCCCCGGGCCCCUCCAUCCUCGACCCUUCUGCCCCUUCCACCACCGCCCAAUCCGCUUCUGCCAGCUCGCCUGCCAUUACGUCAGCAGGCAAGCUCGCCUCGUCAGGGUUAGGCCGCGGGCAGGCAAACGGGCAGGAAGUGGGAGGAGCGAAGAGUGAGAGUGGGCGGCUCAACCUGACCAUGACGGAUCACAAGGUGUCGGCCAACUACACCACCUACAUGUGCAAGACCUUCGACCUGUCACUCCCGUCCAAGCGCCACGUCACUGGCUUUGGCAUCCACAAGAACUCGUCGCACCCGGGCGUGCUGCACCACGUGCUGCUCUUCGGCUGCCCGCUGGAGGAGUUCAAGGACGUGCCAGCAACAGAUGGGGUGUAUGAGUGCAAAAGCAACGCCCCCUGCCAGGGCCACACCGUGGCCAUGUGGGGGCUGGGGGGUACCCACUACUCCUUCCCUCCUGAUGUCGGCAUGCCCAUCGGCCCCGGCUACUACACCAAAUUCGUGCUGCAGAUCCACUACACGAACCCCGAGGGCCGUGCUGACAUCAUCGACAGCAGCGGAAUGUUCCUCGAAACUUCUCCGCCGGGGAAGCACGACGCGGGGAUCAUGAUGGUGGGGCCGGUGUUCUACAGCCUGCUGCUGCAGAUCCCCCCCGGGCAGCCCUCGUGGACGCAGGAGAACGUGUGCCCCGGCCGCUGCACCAAGUCCGUGUUCAAGAACGAGUCGGUCAACAUCAUCGCUGCUGCUCUGCACCAGCAUGCGCUAGGGCGACAGAUGUACACGGACGUGUAUCGGGAUGGGGCCAAGGUCAGCACGAUCGCACGCCUGGACUACUACGACUUUGCCUCGCAGCAGAUGCUGCAGGUGGAGCCGCCCCAGGAGCUGCUGCCCGGGGAUGAGCUGCGCACCAAGUGUGUGUGGGACUCCACGUCGCGCUCCAAGGUGACCAUGGGCGGCGAGUCGAGCGUGGAGGAGAUGUGCAUCAGCUUCCUCAUCUACUACCCGGCAUACAGAGACAAACGAGAGAUGCGGACGUGUGUGGGCAUGUGCGGCGACAUCUCCAGUGGCUCGCUCGACAUGAAUCCAGCCAGCCCCAACCUCAUCAGCUUCUCUGUCUGCGGCACGGGCAGCGACAGGGAGACGGUGAAGCUCGGAUUCUCAAAGUGCAACAUCAGCUACGGGGAGAGCCAGCCACUCUCCGUGCUACAUGGCUGCCCGAGCGCCACCAAGAUCUCUCUCGCCGACUUCCCCAAGGGGAACAUCUCAGUCCCCAUCGACUCCACCGCGGACCCGCUCCCUCCGUCCAAUGCUGGCACCGGCACAUCUGUCACUCCCAUUACCACCACCAUCGAAAAUGCCAAGAGUGGGGCAACAAACAGCAACGGCAGCGGUGGUGGCAGCAACACGGGUGGCAAAGGGGCGGCAGCACUGCAUACCUCACAUGCUGCUCUGCUGGCGGCCGUUGCUGCUGUUGCGCUUGCGAUGCUAGCCUAGAAGUUUCUCUAACUAGGGUAACAGCGGGCCUAGUUGCUGGAGGGGUGGAUGGUAGUGUGCCUUUGAGUUGGUUUACCAGUCAUCUACCGGUAGUUUAGAAUUCCAUUACUUUUCGCCCUUGCCCAGCCCACAAAUCAACCUGUCUCUCUCAAACCCCCUCAUUCAGUCGGACGGGGAUCAAGAGGGGUCCCAGCUUGAUAACCCCUCUGCUAUUUUGCCGUGGGGUUUUAAGAUGGUGUACCGGUAUGUUGAACCUUUUUCUUUUGGUGUUGGGUUUUUUCGCUUGCUUCUGCAUCUUGAGUUCAAGCCUCUUGCUCUCUUGCGGAGCUUCAAAUCUCUGUUCCAAUUACUGGGAGCAUGCUUCCAGCUCUAUUGCUCUUGUUUUAGGCUUUCAA